UUCAGUCAGCUUACAAGUAUGAAAGAGUACCUGGGAUACUACUCAUUUGACGAGAAAUCACAAAGCAGCACAGUGGUGGUGGAGGAGUUUACAUUCUCAGCAGUGUGUGAUGUAUCAACCAGGGAUACUAAGUGGAAGAAGAAGUUCAUUGAAACCAUGGGUGAUUGCCAUUAUUAUCACAACUGUCGUAUUAGCUCUGGCAAUAAUUGUUGGUCUCCUUGUUUAUUUUUUGGCAUAUGAUCAGAAGUUUCAGUAUUACCAGGCCUCCUUCCAGAUUCCCAAUAUUGAAUAUAGUCCUGAUUUUUCUGUAGAACACUCAAAAAUUAGGACCAACCUGAAAAAUAAAAUCAAUAAUGAGAUAGAUAAGAUAUUUCAAACUUCCAAUUUAAAGCACCAUUACAUCAAGUCUCAUGCUGUCAACUUUAGGCCAAGUGAUAAGGGUUUGAAAGUGGAUGUACUGCUUAAAUUUCAGUUUACUUCUACCAGUGCAAACACUAUAAAAAGGCAGGCUGAUGAAAUUUUACACAGGAUGUUGAACUCAAAUGAGAGCUUCUUGAAGAAAGACCCUUCAUUACCUUAUCUUAGAGAAAUUAAUGGAGCACAAGCAGAACAUAUUCUGAACAGUUGUUGUGGUUUAGGGAAGGAGUACCCACCCAUGGAAAGAAUUGCUAAUGGCCAAGUAGCAAAUAAAGCUGACUGGCCAUGGCAAGCCAGCCUGCAGAUAGACGGGGGCCAUUUCUGUGGAGCAUCUUUGAUCAGCCAAGAGUGGCUACUGACAGCUGCUCACUGUUUUGAACUUUACAAAAACCCCAAACUAUGGACGGCAAGUUUUGGAACAACCCUGAAUCCUCCACUGAUGAGAAGACAGGUGCAGUCCAUCAUUGUUCACGAAAACUACGCUGCCCACAAGCGUGAUGAUGACAUCGCUGUGGUGAAGCUCUCCACCCCAGUCCUAUUUUCUGAAGACGUGCACAGAGUCUGUCUCCCAAAUGCUACGUUUGAAGUCUUGCCUAAGAGUAAAGUGUUUGUCACUGGAUGGGGAGCAUUAAAGGCAAAUGGUCCCCUUUCAAAUACUCUGAGACAAGUUGAAGUAGAGAUCAUAAGUAAUGAUAUGUGUAAUCAAGUUAAGGUAUAUGGUGGUGCUGUAUCAUCAGGAAUGAUAUGUGCUGGAUUCUUGACAGGAAAACUCGAUGCCUGUGAGGGUGAUUCUGGAGGACCUCUGGUUAUUGCACAGGGUAGAAACAUCUGGUAUCUAAUUGGAAUAGUAAGCUGGGGAAUAGACUGUGGAAAAGAAAACAAGCCUGGACUUUAUACCAGAGUGACUCAUUAUCGGGACUGGAUUAAAUCUAAAACCAACAUCUAAUAUAACAACUACCUCAACAACUAAACUGCAAUUGUCAUAUGUGGUCUCUAGCAA